UAUUCACCCUCUUACCACUACCACCACCAAGUGCGAUCAUCUUCUAUUCAUCUAACACACCACGCACACAUACCAUAAACUAUAAUGUCUGGACGCGGCAAAGGUGGAAAGGGUCUCGGAAAGGGCGGUGCCAAGCGUCACCGCAAGAUUUUGCGUGACAACAUCCAGGGUAUUACCAAGCCUGCUAUUCGUCGUCUUGCCCGCCGUGGAGGUGUGAAACGUAUCUCGGGCCUCAUCUAUGAAGAGACUCGUGGUGUUUUGAAGAUCUUCCUUGAGAACGUUAUUCGUGACUCGGUUACAUACACUGAGCACGCCAAAAGGAAAACCGUGACGGCGCUUGAUGUUGUGUAUGCUCUUAAGCGCUCCGGUCGCACGCUCUACGGCUUUGGGGCAUAAGCCUUUUAUAUUUAUUCUUACUUGUGCAGUUUCGAUUUGUUGAGCAGGAGUUACCAGCUGGUGGUGAUCA